ACAUAUCGCAUGCAGAAGUUGUUCUUCAUUAGAAGAUUGAGUUUUCACCUUUGAAUUCUAAUAGUGUAUGAAAAAAAACCCGGAUAUUGAUUUAUUAUGUAAAAAAAUAAGAUAUUUAUUCACCGAGGGCCCAUGGAAGAAGACAGUAAAUGCGGAAUGAGCCAGUCAGAGGAAAACCUCACAGCAAAAGAAUAUGAUGAAGGUGAAGAAAAUGAUAGCAUAUGGUUAUUUGAAGUCCUUGAUAUUAUUGGAGCGAACGAUGAUUAUAGAAAGACUUGUCAACGAUCUUACAUAACGCGGGAGAUUAUCCAAAAUUUUCUAAAUGCACCAGGAAUUUCUUUUUUUAUAGUUGGAGGUACAGUCGAAGGCUCAAAUCCACCAGGUAUACUAAUUGACCUUGACGCUAUCUAUUGUGAUGACAGUCUUCGUGUUAUUGACGACAUAUCACAAGCUGAAAAAGCCCGAGAUUCACUAUUGAUCAUUAAAGACCAAGAUACAUCUCAUGGGUAUUGUAAACUACAAUUCGUUAAGAGAAGUGUACCAUACACAAAACAACAUGAUUCUUUUAUCGAAAUUGAUAAUAAUAAACGUUUUUUCAAAUUUGAUAAAUGUGAACGAAUAGUUCUGGCUGAUGUUGCAUAUAAUAGUGGAGCAGGGUCACGUCGUUUUUCAAGACCCCAUAACAAGUGUGCUGCACAACUCGGGGCUUGUAUUAAUGAUAAAAACAAUGAUACAACAGGAAAAUGUGAUUUGGUCUGGUCUUAUCGGUGCAAACAAUGGCCAGCAGAUGCACGGGAAUGGCUAACCAGACGUCGCUAUAAAGGAUGGCCAACACAAUGUACUAUUAAUGAGCUGAAAUCACUUGGGUAUUUUGUUGUUAGAAAAGGCCACCAUUCUUCACCAGAAAUACACUUAGAAUGGCGGAUAUCUCUUACAUUACAAGAACGAAAACUUAUGUUUAAGCUAACAGAUGUCCAAUAUAAAUGUUACGUUCUUCUUAAGAUGUUAAAUCGUGAUGUUAUAAAUCAUGAAUUCAUAACCUCGUACCAUUGGAAGACAUGUUUAUUUUAUGUGAUAGAGAAGAAUAAAUUGGAUGUUUGGAAAAAAAACCUUCUUCUGCAUUGUGUUAAGCUGUGUAUAAAGCAAAUGUUAGAAUGGAUUAAACGUAGUUUUUGCCCAAACUACUUCAUCCCAAAAGAAAACCUUUUUAAUAUAAGACUUACUGAAAAUUUAAAAUUAGAACAACAAUUACUAGAACUUUUAAAUGACUAUUGGGAUGACACCAUUCGCUCUAAUACGAUUAUACCAGUCAUGGAAGGUAAUGGAUUCUCUCAAAAUAUGUUUUCAGACCGGUACCAAAGGGGUGGGGCCCAGAGAACUGCCAACCAAAUUAAGGAAAAGUGGAGGAAGUCGUAUGUAGUAGCAAAGGAGGAGGCAGCAAAGGACAAGGCCCAUGCAAGGACGACUGGUGGUGGACCUCCAGCCAAGGCAAAAGACCCUGUUACACAGAAAAUUUUGGAACUGCUUUAG